AUGUCCAUGUACCAGGCACCAAAGGACAAGGUGGCCAGAAAUAUUAAAGGCUCCAAAAACGUCCAGGAUGGUGGCAUAGCUAUUGACAGGAGUUCAGACUGGAUCCUGGCUUGCCUGCAGAAGAAGCAUCACCGAGCUUUCACCACCACCGAAGACAUGAAUGGAGUCUGCACUCUGCUCACCACCGACCUGCACAGAACAGCCUUCCUCAACCUCACCAAGAUGGUUGAGACCAAAGUAAAAGGCAUUCAAAGUAAACCCAGCAAUGACAAGAUUACUGACAGGAGCAGCUCUAUCAGCACAGACACCACCAGCAGUGCUUGUGGUGAGCUCUUUGGCAGCACACAAAACAACUCUAUGUGCAAAGAAGUGGGAACAGAGAUUGCUGUCAUUCUGGGUGGAUCAGAGAACACCAAGCCAGAGGAUUUCCAGAAUGCCAAGACCUCUGUCCUCAAUCUGAUGAAGUCAAUGUGGCAGAAAUGCUCAAAGAUCAGGUUUGCUGUGGUGCAGUAUGGAGCACAGAUCCAAACUGAACUGAGCCUGCAAGAGAGCUGCAACAGACUAACUGCUUUCUUCAAAGUCCAGAACAUCAAGCAGCAGAGCUCGCAGACUGACAUCGCAGCCACACUGCAGCAUGUGUUGGAUAAAGUCUUUGAAAGGCAUGACUCCAACCAGACUGUUAACAAGGUAGUCAUUGUCAUGGCAUCUGGGCAAGUGCUUCUGGAAAGCAAUAGGUUGAGAAAUGUGAUGAACUCCUUGGAAAUGGCUAUGGUCAAACUCUAUGCUCCUGGGAUUGGAGAGUUCAUAAGCAACCAGUGGGUGCCAGAAGAGCUGCAGAAAAUUAGAGGUGACAGGUUCAUGCUGUCCACACAUAAAGAUUUUGACAGUUUCAUUUCAGAGCUGGAGAGAGAGACUCUGAGAGAUUCAGCUGAACAUACUCGAGCUGAAGCACCAGGGCACAGAAAACCUAGUAACAGUGGUGACAGCAAGCUCCCUUCCUGGAUGGAGGAGGAUGAAGAGGAGGAAGAAAAUGACUUGCCUUCUGGAACUGAGAUUGCUUUUGUCCUGGAUGGAUCAGGGAGCAUUGAGCCCGAAGAUUUCGAAAGAGCAAAAGGAUUCAUCCACAAGAUGAUGAAAACGUUGUAUGAGAAGUGCUUUGAGUGCAAUUUUGCAGUGGUGCAGUAUGGGUUUGAAAUCCGAACUGAGUUCGACCUGCGAGAAAACUGGGAUCCUCGUGCCACCCUCCAGAAAGUACUUGAUAUUGUGCAGGUGUGCAAUGUGACAAAAACAGCAUCUGCCAUGCAGCAUGUCCUGGAUUCUAUCUUCACUGAAAGUCAUGGGUCCCGCAAGGAUGCAGCAAAGGUCAUGAUUGUGCUUACAGAUGGGGAAAUACUCCUAGAUGAAAUGAACUUGACAACUGUGAUAAAUUCACCCAAGAUGGCAGGAAUCAAGCGUUAUGCCAUUGGGGUGGGAGAUGCCUUCAAAAAACCAAAGGCCCUAAAUGAAUUGCGGCUAAUUGCAUCUGGUCCAGAUGACACUAACGUAUUUCAGGUGACCAAUUAUUCAGCAUUAGAUGGGCUGAUUUCAACCCUGCAGCAGAGUAUUAUUGGUAUAGAAGGUACACAGGGUGAUGCUCUGGAAUAUGAACUUGCACAAGUUGGUUUCAAUGUGCAGAUCUUGGAUAAACAAGUCUUAAUCUUAGGUGCAGUGGGGGCCUUUGACUGGUCUGGUGGUAUUCUGCUGUAUGAUCUGGCAACCAAAACUGCUGCUUUCCUGAAUGAAUCUAAAGAAGCAGCCCAACAAGCAAAAUACAGUUACCUAGGGUACAGUGUGGCAGUGGUACACACAGAAUACGGACCCUUGUACGUGGCUGGAGCUCCACGGCACAGCAUGAGAGGGAAAGUGUUGGUGUUUCAGGAUGGCCACUUAAAACAAACCCUGCAAGGAGAACAGGUUGGAUCUUAUUUUGGAUCUGAGCUCUGCCCAGUCGAUGUGAACCGUGAUGGGGUGACAGAUCUUCUCCUUGUUGGAGCUCCAUUUUACCACAUUCGAGGGGAAGAAGGAAGGGUUUACGUCUAUCGCCUGGAGACAGAGACUGGAUCAUUCACCUUCAAAGAACACUUACAUGUGCAGGUGACCUCUCCUUUUGCAAGGUUUGGGUUUACUGUGGCCAGCAUUGGAGACAUCAAUGGUGAUGGUUAUGAGGAUAUUGCAGUUGGAGCUCCCCUUGAAGAUCAGCUUUCAAACACUUCCUCUUUUGGCAGCAUUUACAUCUUUAAUGGUGAUAAAGACAAGAUCAAGAGCUCUUUUUCUCAAAGAGUGAAAGCCUCUGAAGUUUCUUCAGGACUUCGGUACUUUGGACAAUCCAUUGAUGGUGGCUUUGAUUUCACUAAUGAUGGUCUCCAAGAUAUCACAGUAGGAUCACUGGAGAAUGUAAUUGUGCUACGCUCGAGACCAGUUGUCCACUUUCUUGCCAGCAUGAGAUUCAACCCUGACAGAAUCCUGAUUUUCCAAAAUAACAGCAUUGUUACAGCAAAAUUAUGUUUCGAUGCAAUCUCAUCUUUACCAGUGUCUCAACAAGAGUUUUCACAGUUAUACGUUCUCUACACGGUGGACUUAGAUGUGAAAAUGGCAAAGAGGAGAGUGCAGUUUGAAGAUCAGAACACCACCACAAGCGGGAAGCUGUUGGUCAGUGAGCACAUGUGCUCUGAACUGCAGCUUUACCCACUGCCAUGUGACUUUGACUGUUUUUCCAGUGUUUUUCUGAGAGUUAAACAUGAGGUCUAUAACAACAACGGUCACAUGGAGUUUGCUGUCCCUGUUCUGGAUAGAUACCAGCCAUCAGAAAUGCAUUUUCAGUUGCCUUACAAGGAGGACUGCAACAAGACCAUCUGUGCUCCUCAGUUAACUUUGACAACUCAGAUUCAAAAGGAAUUAGUGGUGGGCUACACUAAAGAAGUAAGCAUGAAGGUUUCACUAAUGAACAGUGGAGAUGACUCGUACAUGACAACUAUGGUCUUGAAUUAUCCCAAAACCUUGCAUUUUAAGAAGAUGACAUUUGAGCCAUCCUCUCCUGCUGUUCACUGUGGCCAACCAGUACCGUUAACUUCUGCAGUCUUAUCCUGUAACUGCAGAAUUGGGCACCCAGUAUUCAAGAAGACAGCUGCGAAUUUUUCAGUGAUUUGGCAAGUAGAAGAAAGCAUAUUCCAAAAUAAGUCUGCAAUCACCGUUAGUAUCACCAAACCAGUUUCUUCAAUGUACGUGAAUGUUAGCGAAGGACUACUUGAAAACAAAGAAUUCAGAUUUAAUAUAAAUGGAAAAAAUCACUUUAAUGCUACCAUCAAGUUACAGAUUUGGGUUCCCAUCAGCAUACAAGGUCACAAUAUAAUGACAGUCAAAAAUGCAUCAGGAACACAGGUACUUUUCCUUAUAUUGUUCAUCGUCAAAUACCUCUUCACUAGUCCUUAA